GCGGAACGGUUCUUUGGAGAGUUGUGGGGAACAAUAUAUUGAUUGGACUCGGUUGUUGCUUACAUCUUACAGGAUAGAAACUGCCCUGCAGAGGGAGGGAUGAGUCUCUCCCCUGUUGUUGGCACAGAAGUGCCAGAAGCAGCUAAUGGGGUGGCGACGCCCGUUUCCCUGGAGAACGGCCCUCAUGCGCCGGUCUCGGUAAAACACGGCGGGAGCAGGUUACCCGAUAACGGAGCGGAGUCGAUGGACGGGAGAACAGAGAACCACGUUGACACAGCAAACAGACGGAACGCUGCAGAAAGCAACUUUGACACUGAGACAAAUCUUCACGAGAGAACAUCCAGUUUAUCAUUACACGGUUCCCAGGUGGUAGACCUCUCUUAUCAUGAUGACGCAGAAACAGGAAACUCCGAAUCCAAAGACACAGACAUUCCUGAGGGAUCGAAGGCAGAGGAUCUGGUUCUCAUGUGGGAUUCAGCACCGCAUGCAGAGCCCACAGAUGUAUGUCAGCAGGGAGGCCCUGAGAUUGCAGAAAGAUACUUGACAGAGGUUGAGAGUGAAGAGAGAAGGCUUGAUAGAAGAGAGGAAGAUGAGGAUGGAGAGAAAGAGAAACAGGAUAUGGAGACGGAUGAGAAGAAUGAGAACAGGUGGAGGAACACUGGAGGAAGAACGAAGAAGGAGCCCUCGCAACACUACUCCUCUUCAGCCCCCGGUCUCAGUACCUCCUCUUCUUCUACUCCUCAACCUGCUCUUCUCACCUCAGACGAUGCCCCGUGUCCUCCCCACGUCAUGGCCCAGGUUUGGGUUCGGAACAACCGGGGGAUGCAGGACAGCAAGAGCCUGGAUGAAAUCAGCCGAGCCUGCGGAGAUGGUCCAGGAGCCAGAGGAGGUGGCAGAAGCGGGCAGUCAGAGGGCCGCAGGGCCACCAUCUCCUCAGCCCUGGAGCUGGAGGGGACGGUCAGCCGUGAAGGAGACCUCACCAACUUCAUCACAAAGAACCUGGAGCAGAAGAUCAAAAUGAGCUCCAAGCCCAGCCUCGACUGCAGUGAUUCUGACUGUUCGGGUCCAAUCUACCGAAGCCGAGGGUUGUCGCGGAGACCAGCGGACAUCCCGCCUAUAGACCCCACAGUUCUGUUGGACCUCCAGAGACACACCCAGGAGGUGGCCCACAGCGUGGAGAUGAUGAUGAAGAGCCUCAACGGAACCAUCCAGAACAUGACGGCUCUGAGCGUUGGCUACAUCCAGACCUACAGAGACUCUGUGGACAGCCUGGGAGAGUCUGUAGACAUGAGCAUAAAGGGCAUGUACACACUAAUGGCUCGUUGCGAGGAGCUGGAUCGCUCCAUGCAGCCCAUCCACACGCUGGCGGCUCAGAUCCGUGACAUCAAACGCACCCUGGAUGCUCUAGAAGGGAUCUGCAAGUAAUCCCCCUUCCUGCCAGAUCCGAACCCAGCUCCGACCUGCAAAGAUCCAACCUAAAGCUCAUCCACAAGAAAAAAAAAAAAAAAAAAAAAAGGAUGCCGGCAAGCAAAUGCAAACCUUUCGCAGGCAGCACACACACACGCUGCAGCGAAGAUGAAGUUCACCUCAGGAGUCUGGAACACGCCGCUGCCCGGCAUGCUGAAUGAUUUCCACUCAUAGCUCUUCUGUGUGCCGUUUGAAGAUGACCUGUUUUUGUGUUGUGGGAUCCAAAGAGAAACGCAUCGACUUUUGCGGAUGAGCUGUUUGUUUAUUGUUUUUUUUUUUUUUCCUUUUUCUUCUUCUUCUCUUCAAAAUUUCAAGAAGAAAAUCCCACCAAGUUAACUCUGUUGACCCGGAUGCUUAGCAGGUCGCGCCCACGCACAAACACAAACACAAACCUCGCAGCAGGUGGGCUACAUGCAUUCUCUGUUCCUCUUUAAAAGUCAGAGGAGGGUGAUACUUUUAUCCGUCCAGCCUGCGUGGUUCAGAUUGCACUAACCUCCCCUCCGCAGACGGGGGCAAUAUUUCUGUCUCCGGAGAGGCAAGAAUGAACUGCUCGGAAGACGGUGACAUUUGCACUGGAACAGAAAGUCUAUUUUUUAAUCUUAUGCAACAAGCAGGUUCCUCCACUGUGUGUGUCUGUAUGUUUUUAUUUAUUCAGUCUGCUCAGCAUGCGUGCUUGUUCAGAAAAAAAAAAAAAAAAAAACGAAAAAACCCCCAAAACAUUGCAUCUGUGUGUCGCGGGGAGGCAAGGCAGUUCACGGUAAUGUCUGCUGUCUAAUGAGCUCCAAUCUGUACUGAGAGUCUUUCACUUUAUCCACUCUGAUUCUCUCCCAUCACCUAAAAAGGAGGAGUCAACCGUUAAAUCACAGGUCUGCUUCGUUAAUAGCAAGCCAGAAUCUGCCAUGAAUCUCCGUCUCCUCCUCUGCGAGACGAAGAGACGAAGUGAGCAACGUAACCGGGGAAAGUAAUCUUAAGUGAUCCUCAAACUGUCUUUGAAUGUUGUCCAAAUAAUAAAAUAUUAAAAAGUGCCAGAUAUUUUACUGGAUUUGACGUCUAGAUGUCAUCGCCCGACAGGCUGGAUAUCAUUUUUUAUGCUCCAACUUGAUUGAAUUUUUAAGUCAAUAAUGUUUUUGUUGCCUCAGAGCUUCUCAUGGGAAUAUAAAUUUCACUGCAGCUCCAGUUCUUCUCCAGUUCAGCCUGUCACACAGGGUUUUAAAUUAUGUUUUUGAAGUUCAUUCUUAACAAGACCAGUCCUGGGUUCAGUUCCCUGCCAGUUAAAACCGACUUAAUUCAUGUUUGUAAUUCAUCACUUAAACCUUUCAUUACAUGAAAAGCUUCAGUUUCAAAUGACACACAAUGAUACGUAGUUACUUUAUUUUUUACAUACACUGUAUAAAAAUGUCAGUUUUAGAUCUGUGAGGAUUACAGAAAUUAAAUUGUACUCACUAAAUGCCAGGAUAAUGACAGGGAGCUCUUUGGGAGGCUUUUGUUAAUUUUCUCAGUAGUUGAGGAUCCAGAACCUCUACAGGAAGCAAAUGGUCUGAUCUUUACCAGGUUGGGCUUUUGUUGAACUUUUAGUAUUUGAUAGAAUUACCUGUUUUGAUGUCCUUCCUUAAGCUUCUCAGAACUGGUGUGAGUCGGGUUUGUUGGUCAUCUCGUUCACGUACCCCUUUUCAGCUCUGCCACAAUUUUCUUUUAUGAGACUUGAGUUGAACCUUGACAUGUCUCCAAAAGUUAAGGACUUUGUCCCUGAGUUGCCAUAUGCAACUCAUGUCUUAAUAUGGCUUUUUAUAUUCUUCCUCUCUGUGCAGUUUUUCAGCCAAUGUUGGUUCUCUUACCUGCAUCUUCACCAGAUGUUGAGAUUUUGUUCAGUGGUUUGUCAAAGCAUUUUCAACUUUGAGACACAAAAUCCAUUUUGUUCCUGAACAUUGUGCUGCCCGGACAUUCCCAUGAUGUUUAUUCUUGCAUAUAGUGGUUUGAACAGAUGAAUCUGAUACCCAAAGACGAACCAGACUUCACUUCCUGGUAUCCCAGUUGAAGCAAGGAGACGGCGUGUUUGUGAAUUAACCAAUCAGAAACUUACAAAGCCAUGACAUCAUCAUUUGGGCUUUUUUGAAUCCUUAAGUCAUAGUAAUCUUAGUGUAUGUAAACUUGUGAUUUUGAAGAAAGUGCUAAACACUUUUGUCAUUCUGGAGUUUAGCAAAUAAAACAAUGUCGGUAACCUCAACAAACCUUAAACAGGAUAAUUUCUGGCAGUGGGGGGACGUCAUUUUAUACAGUGUAUGCAAACGUUUUGGUUCAUUGUGUAUCAUUUGGCUUGUGCCAUCUUUUAUCUUUGUAAUUCUAUUCUCUCUGCUCUCAUAAACUGUAUUCCAGUAUUGACCAAUUCCCAAUAAAGCUGCUUCAAUUGA